AUGGAAUACUUUAAUAUUGAAUUAAAAUUGUGUACAAUUUAUUAAAUUGUAAUAUAAUGCCACUGGUUCAUAUAGCUAAGAAGAAAAAACACGGAAGGUGGAUUCAUUUUCCAAAAAGAUUACAAAAAUGAAAAGGUUAGCGUAGUUGAAUAUCCUCUACAAGCGAAAUUGAUCACUUUUGUAGGAGAAUAUAAUGAUGGUUUAAGGCAGGGUAGCUGGAGAAUUAAAAAGGAUUAACAUAAUGUAAAUCAUUUAAUAAAAUAAAGUAAAAAGAGGAGGAGGCAAAUAUAAUUCAAAGGUCUACAGAAUGGAAGUUGGAUUGAAAAAUGGAACUUUAAAAUGUAAAAAUGAUUCAAAGGUAAUUAGGUCUUGUUUGUUAUCUAAAGGGGAGAAUAUAAAAAUGGAAUCAGAUAAGGAAACAGAUGACUCUUUUCAAGAAAAACUUAGGCGAAAAAAAAUUAGAAAAAAUGUAUUUCAUCUAAUUAGAUAAUUAAAGAAUGAAGCAUGGAGAAUGGAUUAGCUCGCAUGAUAAUCAUAUUUAUAGCUAUUGUUAAGUUUUUACAUGUUAGAUACUAACAACAAGAAAUAAAAUAAGGGACAUGGAACUUCCAAACUAUCAAUUAAUAAAAAAGCAAGAUAUUCCCUCUUUUUCGCUUUAGUCUAAGAAUAAUUUUUACACAAUAUUAUAGUUUAUGUAAAUUAAUUUAGAGCUGGUUGUAACUAAAAAUAUGGAAUCAAAAUAGGAAAAUGGGUGGAAUUAGAUGAGUUCUAUCAUUAUAAAUUCUAAAUAUUAUAUGAAGGAGAAUACACAAAUGACAUAAAGUAAGGAAAAUGGGAAAUGAUGAAGCAUCAUAAUUAAAAUUUGAAGAGACUGUAAUUCACUUUAAAAGUAUUAGAGGUGGAGGUUGGUUUAUAUAGAAUGGAUUAAAAAACCAUAGAUGGAUUGAACCGGAUUUAAAGGAUAAAUUCUGGUUAAGAUUUGUUGAAUAUUAAAAUGGAAAAGAUAUAGUACUCAUUAUUUUAUUUAAUUGA